UCAAUAUAACAUACUUAGCUGCGAAUCUCGUCGUCAUCGCCCCGACGAACCCUGUUUCGCGUCUCUUUCCCAAUCCCAAUCCAAUUUCGAUUCCUUCAUUUCAGGAUUCGUAUAGCCGUAAAUCCGUUAUUGGGUUCUUCCGAUUAUCCACCGAUAGAUCUCGAUCGAACGUUUUUCUCCGAUUGGAUUUUUGGGUGAUUUCGCCGGAAUUCAUAAUCAGACGGGAGGAGUCGCUUCUCUUCUCUUGAGUAAUUUAGUCCCUUUUUGUGUUAUGGAAUCAAUUGGUUGAUGAACAAAUACAAGUGUAAAACGAUGCCGGGUUUAACAACACACAUGAAUGAGCAUUACUCUUCUUCUGGGUUUUGGUCUGAGGACGACGAUGGACUUACCUACGAUCAGUUGGACCAGUUCUGGAGUGAGCUGUCGUCGAAAGCUAGGCAUGAGCUUCUUAGGAUUGACAAGCAGACACUGUUUGAGCAAGCUCGCAAGAACAUGUGCUGUUCCAGAUGCCUUGGACUGUUGCUUGAAGGCUUCGCCCAGAUUCUUUCUGCUGGGAGGGCCGCGUACGAAAAAAGAAUGAUGGGACCCUCCAAAGAUAACUGUAAAUCUAAUGGCACUAGGAAAUGUACGGUUGCGUACCAGAGCCCUCCUGUUCAUCGAUGGGGAGGUCUCACCACAACACGCUCGGGAUGUAUCACUCUUCUUGACUGCUUUUUGACUGCAAAAACUUUCAAAGGGCUUCAAAAUGUCUUUGAAAGUAACCGUGCUCGAGAGAGGGAACGUGAGUUGCUUUAUCCUGAUGCUUGUGGUGGCGGUGGUCGGGUAUGGCUUAGUCAAGGGAUUGCUGGUUUUGGUAAAGGUCAUGGAACAAGAGAAACAUGUAAUUUGCAUACCACGAGGCUCUCUUGUGAUACAUUAGUGGAUUUUUGGUCUGCACUUGAAGAGCAUAGUCGACAGUCACUUUUGAGAAUGAAAGAAGAGGAUUUUGUGGAAAGACUAACUUACAGAUUCGACUGCAAGAAGUUUUGUAGAGACUGCCGAAGAAAUGUCAUUCGGGAGUUUAAAGAACUUAAGGAACUUAAACGAAUACAGAGAGAUCCAAGAUGUACCGACUGGUUUUGUGUUGCCGAUACAGCCUUUCAGUAUGAGGUGGACAUUGAUUCUGUCCGAGCAGAUUGGAGUCAAUAUUUUACAGAGAAUGCUGGAUAUCAUCAUUUCGAGUGGGCUAUUGGAACAGGAGAAGGCGAAUCUGAUAUCCUCGAGUUCAAAUAUGUAGGCAAUGAUCGGAGUGCCCGAGUCAAUGGCCUAGACCUUCGUGGAUUACAUGAAUGCUACAUUACUCUUAGGGCAUUUAAAAAAAAUGGCCGCCCCUCAGAAAUAUCUGUCAAAGCCCAUGCAUUGAGAGGCCAACAGUGCGUUCACUCCAGGCUUGUGGUUGGGGAUGGCUUUGUUUCAAUUAAAAGAGGGGAAUGCAUUCGAAUGUUUUUUGAGCAUGCUGAAGAGGCUGAGGAAGAAGAGGAUGAAGUCCUGAUAGACAAAGAUGGAAAUGAACUUGAUGGUGAGUGCUUGCGUCCACAAAAGCAUGCUAAGAGUCCAGAACUUGCUCGAGAGUUUCUUCUAGAUGCUGCAACGGUUAUUUUCAAGGAACAGGUUGAAAAGGCAUUUAGGGAUGGUACAGCCCGUCAAAAUGCACACAGUAUAUUUGUCUGCCUUUCAUCGGAACUGUUAGAGCAACGUGUUCAUAUUGCCUGCAAAGAAAUUGUUACCUUGGAGAAGCAGAACAAACUUCUCGAGGAAGAAGAGAAAGAAAAGCGUGAAGAAGAGGAGCGAAAAGAAAGGAAACGAAUUAAAGAAAGGGAGAAAAAACUUCGUAGAAAGGAGAGAUUGAAGGAAAAAGAACGCGAAAAAGAGCAGAAGAAUCCAAAAUUUAGUGAUAAAGCAAUACUGCCAAUUAUGUCAAGGGAAGAAGAAGGCUCUCGAAAUCUUGAUGAGGACACUAACAAUACCAUAAGAUGCGAGGAGUCCGGAAUUGAAAAUGGAGAUGUAGAUUUGUCUUCACCUGGUUCUCCUGAUGAUCAAGAUGAAGAGUGUUUGGAUGGUUGCAUUUCUCCAAGAGUUGAAACCCACUCUUGUGAUAGCACUGAUAAGGAGAUUAUAGAUCAUGAAGAUGAAAACGGCUGCUUUACACCAAGACCUGCUCAUAAGACGGCGAGAUUAUGGAAAGAGGUUCAGACUGAUCAUUCUUUGAGGUUGUCAGAAAAACGCAGAUUUACAGAGAAAACUUCUUUUGUCAGUAGUUCUGAGGCAGGAUACUGUAAUGAUAGAUUAGAAAUGUCUUCGGGACACUUCAAUGGCUCAGAUAAAAAUGUGAGAGUGAAAGCUUCGAAAGCUGGUGGUAGCCCAAAUAGCAGUAGGUCUCAUGAGGAGUUUCAGUGUUCAGAUGGCAGGACUGGUGAGAGGUAUGAUUACCAUUCUUGCAGUUGCAAACCCAUUAAUGGUUACCGGGAAAAGGUAGAGUCUAAUACAUCUGCAACCAGAGGCAUGCGAGAACCGAAAUCAGUAUUCAAAUCUGACUCUGAUCUGGAUGUCUCCAAGCUUAACCGAGCCAAUAGGUAUACUCAAUCAGGCUAUAGACGAGAGAUAAGAAGCAAAAUGAAUAAUAGUCGAAACGCUUGUAAGAUGGAUCCAGUAAAUGUGAGAAAGGUCUUGGACUCUGUGGAGCCGAAGCAUUCACGAAACAGCUCAACCUCUGACGUAUUAUCACUUACAACAUACAAAGCAGAAGAGAUUAAAGAUGUAAGUCCCACUGUGAAGCCAGCUGGCACACCGUCUCUAUGCAAGGCUACAGAUAAGUUGGGAAAUGGGAGUUUUAAUAAUUCGACGGAGGUAGACAAGAAGAUGGAAGUUCACAUAACACUGAAGAAUGAUUACCUGUACUCGAAAGAUCCUAUGAUGAGUAGAAGUUCUAGUUCAAACAAUGGAAACAUCGAAUCCUCCUCGAUGUCUGAUUCCGAAGUUGCCAGUCAGCAAUCUGAAGGAAGAGAGAAUCUAGUGGAUACUCAGAACGAUAUGCCCGACUGUCACGAGAAGAUGGUAGAGAAAGUGACAGAGAUGAGUAUGGAUGAAAGAGAUGUUUUAAAGAUUAAGAAUAUAUCUAACCUUCCAGCAGACAACGGGGAAAGUAAAUUAUCAGGAACUCCUUUUAUGGUUCCUAGCCAAAACAUGGAAAAUAUGGUACCAGGUCUUAAUACUGGUUCCUACCUGUCCCAGCCACAAAACAUGAUACUCCCCCAGAUGCUUAACCAGAGUAUACCAUUGCCAGUCUUCCAGGCUCCUUCAACAAUGGGUUACUAUCAUCAAGCUCCAGUCUCUUGGUCUUCAGCUUCAACCAACGGAUUAAUGCAAUUCCCUCAUCCUAACCACUAUGUAUACACUGGUCCCCUUGGAUACAGUCUGAAUGGAGAGUCUCCUUUAUGCAUGCAGUACGGGACCCCAUUGAACCAUUCAGCAGCUCCUUUCUUCAAUUCCGGGCCAGUUCCAAUUUUCCAUCCGUUUGCUGAAACCAACACAAUGAACACUGUUGACCAAGCUCAACCUCUUGAGCCAUUGGAACACAGUUUUUUGAAGGAAGCAAAUGAGAGGAGAUUUAACGAAAUGCCUUUAAUGGAAACUCCAAGGAAAAGAUGUCCACAAACUGAUAGUGAUGAGAACUUCUCCUUGUUCCACUUUGGUGGCCCGGUUGCUCUGUCCACAGGAAGUAAAGCGAAUCCUGCUCGAUCCAAAGAUGGGAUUUUGGAGGAUUUCUCGUUGCAGUUCUCAGGAGAUCAUGUUUUUGGUGAUCCAACCGGCAAUAGCAAGAAGGAGAAAGAGAACACAGUUGGUGAAGAGUACAACUUGUUUGCGACAAGUAACAGUUUGAGGUUUUCUAUCUUCUAAAGUUUUUUUAUACAAUUUCUUGGAUUGUUUGGCGUCAUGGAGAACGCAGUAAAAUACCUUUGGUUGUUUUAUUUCAUGUAAAGAUCUCUUCAUAUUUUAAAGGUUUUGUUUUACUCAGAAUGAAUA